AGCGUUAUUCCUAUAGCGGAAGACAGAAGAAGAAAAGCUCCGAUCCGAGAAAUAACUCCUCCGUUUGGGGUCAUUCUUCAGCCAUGGAUGUCCCUGCGGCCGACAGCGAGUGGAGGAGUCCUCAGUUCCGACAGAAAGUCGUUGCUCAGAUUGAAGAUGCCAUGAGAAAGGCUGGAUCUGGAAACACCACGCACAAGUCAGGGACCGACAUGGAGAACCAUAUCUUCCUCAAAGCCAAGAGCAGAGAGGAAUAUCUCUCUCUGGUAGCGAGGCUCAUCAUCCACUUCAGAGACAUCCAUAAGAAGGCCAUGGGAGCACCCGAUCCCAUGAAUGCCCUGAAUAACCUGACAGGGGUUGGAGGGGGCCCAGGCGCCAUUGGCAUGGGGCCUCGGCCCCCCGGCGCUGCGGUGGGGGGCAUGGGGGCCAUGGGGCAGAUGCAGUUAGGCCAGCAUGCCAUGGCCGGGGUGUCUGGAAACCCACAAGCCAUGGGCGGUCAGAUGUCGGUGCAGCAGAUGGUGCAGCAGCAGCAGUUCCAGCAGUUCCAGCAGCAGCAGAAUGCUGCCCUCCAGCAGCAGCAACAGCAGCAGCAGCAACAGCAGCAGUUCCAGCAGCAACAGCAGCAGCUCAGGGUGCUGCAGCAGCAACAGCAGCUGCAGCAGCAGCAGCAGCAGCAGCAGCAGGCCCAGAACCAACAGCACCAGCAGAACCAGGUACUCCUCAUCCGGAUCACAACUAGAAUAACUUCAGAACUGGGUCUCAGAUGCACUGCAGGUUCUGAUGAUGUUUGGGCGCCGAUGAGGUUCUAAUGUCUGCCGCCUGUUUCCUUCAUCCUAGAUUCAACGGUUCUCAUCUGAUUCUGAUUAAUCAAUUAAGUUUUUUUGUUUUCUCUAAAUUAGAUGAAUGUAUGAAUUUUAGCUUCUUCAUCAUUUAGAACACGACGGUCCAAAAUGUUGACCCUGGUUCCUGCAUGAGCAUCAUUUCA